AUGACACUCCUUGCAGUAGGACAAGCGACACAUAGCCCCAAUUGUCUGCCCGACUCGGCCGUCGGCACAACCUGGAAGAUGAUCUCCGCAGAGUACAUAAGUAAGCGGAAAGGAAAUGUGUGCCUGAUCGCAGCAGUAUUGUCUACCGCAGCAUUCGGGGUUGUGCUAGCCUAUAUUUCCACAGCCAUGUUACACUUAAGCAAAUGGUUUCUGGCGCCCUUUGUGUAUGCGACGACCACUGCAUCAAGUCCUAAGAGUUCGCCGAAUGGUACAGCAGCUCGUCAAUGUGUAUUUCCCUCCCUGAUUGAAGCAACGACGGCCGAGCUCCAGGAGGGGCUCACUAAAGGCUGCUUCUCCAGUGUCGAUCUGGUCAAUGCGUAUGUGACGCGGAUAAAUGAGGUCAACUCGACACUUCAUAUGGUCCUCGAGGUCAAUCCCGACGCAUGGGACAUAGCUCGGCAGCUUGACUUGGAGAGAAAAUAUGGACGGGUACGAGGACCGUUGCACGGCCUUCCCAUCCUUGUCAAAGGCAACAUCGGCACUGAGGACAAGACGGAAACAGCUGCCGGCUCUUAUGCGCUUGUUGGCGCCAAGGUGGCUGCGGAUUCAACUGUUGCAAAGAAGCUCAGACAAGCAGGCGUCAUCAUCCUCGGCAAGACGAGCCUGUCAGAGUGGGCGAAUUUCAGGUCACUGAAUGGGUCCUCCGGCUGGAACGCUCAGGGAGGCCAGACAUAUGCAGCUUACUACCCAAAGCAGGAUCCCAGCGGUAGUUCAAGCGGCAGCGGCGUCGCAGCUGACUUGGGCCUUGCCUUUGCAGCCCUAGGUACUGAGACAAAUGGAAGCAUUCUAUCUCCGAGUGAGAAUAGUAAUAUUGUUGGCAUAAAGCCCACCGUCGGCCUUACCUCACGGUAUAUGGUCAUUCCCAUAAGCGAGCGCCAGGAUACAAUCGGGCCGAUGGCCCGGACUGUCAAAGACGCAGCAAUCAUUCUUCAAGCAAUUGCAGGUCCAGACAAAAAUGACAACUAUACGCUGGCGUCUCCAUUUGGCAGUCACCUCCCGAAUUACGUCGCCGCUUGCACGUUGUCCGGGUUGAAAGGGAAACGAAUCGGUAUACCUCGUAACGUCAUCAACACUUUGGACGCGUCAAGUGAGCCGAUAGUGUCUGCCUUUGAGGCCGCUGUCUCCGUGAUUUCCAAAGCCGGUGCGACAAUCGUUGAGGAUGCGGACUUCACAGGCUACGACGAGUACCUCAACACUUCGAUCACACAGGCUGUUGUGGCUGCUGACUUCAUCAGCGAUAUUGCCUCAUAUCUCUCGAAACUGAAGACCAACCCGAACAACCUUCACAAUCUGGAAGAUAUCCGGCGAUUCACUCAGCAGUCGCCACUGGAAGACUAUCCAUCCCGUGAUACAGGCAUCUGGGAUCUCGCGCUUGCUAGCGGUAUCAACAACACCUCGCCCGAGUUCUGGCCAAUGCACUUGCGGAGCCUGUACUACGGAGAAGAGGGAGGGUUGACAGGUGCCUUGUCCCGCCACAAGCUUGACGCUGUCAUUCUUCCAACGGCUCUCGCUCCCGAUAUACCGGCAAUCAUCGGGGCACCAGCGAUUACAGUUCCUCUUGGGUCUUUCCCUGCGGGAACACCCAUUGAGUACAAUAAACGAGGCAACUUGGUUGAAAAGGCGCCUGGCAUCCCCUUUGGAAUCAGCUUUCUUGGACCCAAAUGGAGCGAGGAGAGCCUGAUAGGCAUGGCCUAUGCAUUCGAACAGCGGACGCUGGUGAGGAAGAAGCUGCAAAGAUAUAUUGAACCGAAAAGCGACCUGAGCAUGUUGUUAUAA